GAGUAAACAAACAAGAACAUGCGAAUCAUAGGCAAGGCAGGACAGGGAGGGCGAGUCAAAGGUCAAACUUGUGGGUGCACAUGUCCGCUGUCCGAAAAGGGUACUGUUUUGAUUUGGGCAUGAAUGUUUCGGCAAAUUUCUCCAUUUUCGCUAAUUUCUCCAUUUCUUUCCCCCAUUUUUUUUUCUUUUUCUUUUGGGUUGGCUGGAAUUGAUUGAUGCGUUUGGUUUGGCGUUUUCGGCGGCUAUCCCUUCGAACCCCAAGAGACCCCAUCAGCCCCAACGGUUCCCUUACAAGAGCACGACACCUCUCUCUCUCUCUCUCUCUCUCUGUUCUUCUGCUUUUACUCUCUCUCUCUCCCCCCACUGGUUCAGCAUUCGUUCUGCGCUUAUUUCUCUUCCGGGUAGAAGAUAGUGUGACUCGUUCUCGAAUGAUCCGAGGUUGAUACCCAGACGGUUAGAGGUGCCCUCCGGUUUGGAUCUUGAUCCUUUCCUUCAUAUACUCGAUAAUUGAUCCGCUGGGUGCCCCCGAGUGAAGAGUUUUUCCAUUUGUUCCCUUCACGGGGAUGCCCAAUGUGUGAAGAAGGGCCGCUUGAAUCGUUAAUGGGACCUUAAGAUGAAAAGCAAAACCGCACCUGGGUUCGGGUUUGGCCUCGGAUUCAUGGGGGCUUGCUUCAGUUCUGAACAGGACAAGUCCAUCAACAAGUUCCCAGAUAUUCCCUGCAGCAGCCCAAGUCACUGUCUUUGGUACCUGUCCUUAAAUGCCUCCGAAAAACCGAAAUGCUUCCCUUGUGUGAACAAUAAAUUUUGAAGUUAUAGGGAAUGAUUGUAGGACUUCUCUAUCAGGUAGGAGUGAUCUGCGGAGGAUGCAAAGCUCAGGUAGCACUCCUUUGGCUUCCAAAAAUGUCAGAGAUCUCCGUCAAAGCCCAGGAUAUUGUAAUGUCGACAUAUUUACAUAUGAGGAGAUGAGGUUAGCGACGAAGCAAUUCCGCCCAGACCUGAUACUUGGGGAGGGCGGGUUCGGGAUUGUCUAUAAAGGAGUUAUAGAUUCAAGCGUGCGAACAGGUUAUAAGAGCAUACAAGUUGCAAUUAAGGAGCUCAAUCCUGAAGGGUUCCAAGGUGAUAGAGAGUGGUUGGCUGAAGUUAAUUAUUUAGGGCAGCUCAGUCACCCAAAUCUUGUGAAACUCAUCGGGUACUGCUGUGAAGAUGAGCAUAGGCUAUUAGUCUACGAAUAUCUUGCCAAUGGGAGUCUCGAGAAGCAUCUUUUCCGCCGGGUGGGUUGCGUCUUGACAUGGUCAAGACGAAUGAAAAUUGCUUUAGAUGCAGCAAAAGGGCUCGCCUUUCUUCAUGGUGCUGAGAGGUCCAUUAUUUAUCGCGAUUUCAAGACCUCAAACAUCCUGCUAGAUGCGGAUUUUAAUGCCAAGCUCUCAGACUUUGGGCUCGCUAAAGAUGGUCCCAUGGGAGACCAGACGCAUGUAUCAACCCGGGUUAUGGGCACUUACGGAUAUGCUGCGCCUGAGUAUGUAAUGACUGGUCACUUAACGGCGAGAAGUGAUGUUUAUGGAUUUGGAGUGGUACUGCUCGAGAUGCUCAUUGGGCGCAGAGCGAUGGACAAGAGCAGGCCGAGCCGGGAGCACAACCUAGUCGAGUGGGCCCGGCCACUUUUGAAUAACAACAAGAAGCUCCUCAGGAUCUUAGACCCGAGGAUAGAAGGGCAGUACUCGGUCAAAACUGCCAUGAAGGUGGCCAACUUAGCAUAUCAGUGCCUAAGCCAGAAUCCGAAGGGGAGGCCGCUGAUGAGCCAAGUGGUGGAGAUUCUUGAGAACUUCCAGGAGAAGGAGCAGAAAUCUCAACAUGCUAUUGUUCAUAAUGGAGGUGAGAGUUUGACUCUGUACGAGGUUCCCAAGGAUUCCGCCAACAAUCCUCAGGAGAAGAGAAACAUCGUCAAGUCCGAAGUUGAGAGGAAGGAGCUCCAUCAGAGGCCGACAGACAGCAGAACGAAAACGGAACUUCCAAGUGAGACUGAUCAACGCGGCCCUCCCGAUUCAAAGAGUGGUGAAGAAUCGGGCUAGAAUGUGUCUUCUACUUUUAGCAUAUGAGGGACGGGAAAUGUAUGUACUUGCGUGAGACGCAUUAAAAACUCACUCGCCCCAUAAAUUCUCUUUGGAAUACAAAUUCUUGUUGGCCCUGCUCGGUGGGAAUCGGACCAUCAUAAAAACAACUUGUACAAGAUUUGAAUGUUUAUUGAGAAUUCAGAGCAUUGGCCAGUUUUGUAUCAUUUUUCUCGGUUUCAGAGAUAUCAGAAGGGAAUGAUUGUUUGGUGGUUCCAUCUUUUUCUA